AUGGAAGAUUUAAUAGAAUCUUGUUUUAAUCGCGAAAUUGAAGAUAAUAUAUUUGCUGAUAUAUAUGAAGGAAGGCAUAUCCAAUGUUCUAUUGGAGUAAUAUACUUAACAAUAUUGAAUUUACCAUGCCAUAUACAAUUUUGUGAAGAAAAUACUUUUGUUGUUAGAAUAAUACCUGGUUCUCAUGGGCCAGAUGCUGGACAAAUUAUAAAAUCACCUAACUAUCCAAUUGGUAGAAUUUAUCAUACAGCUUUAAUUAUGAUUUCAUGUAAUACUUCUGCAGUACGAAAGGGUUGCUAUAGAUGUGAUCAUACUUAUCCUAUGAUUCAAAAUAAUAAUACAGGUCAUUGGAAACCAAAUUUUGGCAACUUUAAUACUGAUCUUCCACAACGUUCAAGAGAAAAGCAUCAAAAUAUUGCCUACAAUUUUAAGAAAUCAAAUUCUACAAUUCAUAAUCAAAUUUUUGCUGAACAUAGUACUUUCAGAGAUCAACUAUUAAUUUCUAUAUAUGACCUUAAAAGAAUACAAAGCAUAAUUGAUAAUACAUCUCCUCCAUUAGACAUAGAUCGAAUACCUCUUAAAAUAGCAUCGAGAUUUGCUGGAUUUACAGCAGAUCAAUGGAAAUCCUGGUGUUUAAUUUACUCAACUUUGGAACAAACUAUAAUCAGUUGCAAGAAAAUAGAAGAUGGAGAUUUGGCAAUAAAAGAUUUUUUAUAUAAAUUGGAAAAUGUUUGGGGAUCUAAAAUUGCAACACCAAACAUGCAUAUGCAUUUGUAUAUUAAGGAUUGUUUGUUAGAUUAUGGACCCUCUAUAGUUUUUGGUAUUUUCCCUUUGAAAGACUUAACGGGUAAGAAUAAGAGAAUAAUGGCAAGAUACAAUUUUACUAUUCAAGAAGCUUUCACCUAUAUACGAAAUGAUAGCACUGGUUGUGAGUUAAUUCCUGGUGAAUUUUUAGCAUCUAUAUACGAAAUGAUAGCAGAUAAACUUCUAAUUGAUUGUUUAGUCAGAUAUUAUGAACGGAUUUAUGCUAAUAUUAGAUACAUAUUUUAUUCUGGAGUUGAACGACAAAAUAAUAAUUCAAUAUUUGUAUCAUCUAUAAUAAUACAUGCAUCUGCUUUUCACAUUGCUGAUGAACGAUUUGGAUCACAAUUAUGUCGUUCUGAACUUGCUGCUAACAUAAUGGUUACAUUUCUAGAUGAAAAUGAUUAUAUAGAGUAUUGGCCAGCAACAAUCCGUUAUUUUUUUAAACAUUCAAUUCUAUUACCAGAAGGGCAUGCAGAACAUAUAUUAGCUUUUGUUGAUUGGUAUGGAAAGUAUAAUAAAAAAGAUUAUUUUAAUAUUCUGCGAUGUAAAAUACUUGAUGAAGCUGUACAAAAUGGUAUGAAGCAUGUUGAAUUAUGA